AUGUGUCGGGUCCGGGGAGGGCGGGAGGGCAGCCGCCGGCUGGGCGGGGUCAGUCCUCAGGGCUGGCCGCCCUUCCUGCCGGGACCCUCGGUGACGAGGCUGCGGGCCUUCGCCUUAGCCACCGACAGAGUCGUCUCUAAGGCUCCGAAGCUUGAGUCUGGAGCACAGCUUGCAGUGACGGGGUCCGAAUCUCUUGGGAGGGACCCCGCGUCUGGGUUCAGGGCUGCCCCCCGCCUCGUCGGGGCCGGAGAGAACGCUGGAAAAGCGGGCACAGGGGGCGGGGCGCGGGGGGCGGCGAACGGAGGACAGGGCAGCCCCAAGGUGCUACAGGGAGCAGGGUGGCCAGCACGGGCGGGGCCUGCCCCUGCCACCAGGGGGCGUACCGGGGCAGCUGAACUUCCCCCAUGGCCAGGGCCAGAGCCAGGGCCAGAGCCAAAGCCAGGGCCAGAGCCAGGACCAGAGCCAGGGCCAGGGCCAGAGCCAGGGCCAGGGCCAGAGUUAGAGCCAGAGCCAGGCCAGGGCCAGAGCCAGAUUAGAGCCAGAGCCAGGCCAGGGCCAGAGCCAGGGCCAGAGCCAGGGCCAGAGCCAAAGCCAGGGCCAGAGCCAGGACCAGAGCCAGGGCCAGGGCCAGAGCCAGGGCCAGGGCCAGAGUUAGAGCCAGAGCGGCCAGGGCCAGAGCCAGGGCCAGAGCCAGGGCCAGAGCCAGGGCCAGAGCCAGAGCCAGGGCCAGAGCCAGGACCAGAGCCAGGGCCAGGGCCAGGGCCAGGGCCAGGGCCAGAGUUAGAGCCAGAGCCAGGGCCAGAGCCAGAGCCAGGGUCAGGGCCAGGGCCAGGGCCAGAGCCAGGGCCAGGGCCAGAGUUAGAGCCAGAGCCAGAGCCAGGGUCAGGGCCAGGGCCAGGGCCACGGCCAGAGCCAGAGGUAGAGCCAGGGUCAGGGCCAGGGCCAGGGCCAGAACCAGAGUUAGAGCCAGAGCCAGGGCCAGAGCCAGAGCCAGGGUCCGGGCCAGAGCCAGGGCCAGAGCCAGAGCCAGGGCCAGGGCCAGGGCCAGAGCCAGAGCCAGAGCCAGAGCCAGGGCCAGGGCCAGAGCCAGAGCCAGGGCCAGGGCCAGGGCCAGAGGCAGGGCCAGAGCCAGAGCCAGAGCCAGGGCCAGGGCCAGAGCCAGAGCCAGAGCCAGGGUCAGGGCCAGAGGCAGGGCCAGAGCCACCAGGGCCAGAGCCAGAGCCAGGGCCAGAGCCAGGACCAGAGCCAGGGCCAGGGCCAGGGCCAGGGCCAGAGCCAGAGCCAGGGCCAGAGCCAGGGUCAGGGCCAGGGCCAGGGCCAGAGCCAGGGCCAGGGCCAGAGUUAGAGCCAGAGCCAGAGCCAGGGUCAGGGCCAGGGCCAGGGCCACGGCCAGAGCCAGAGCUAGAGCCAGGGUCAGGGCCAGGGCCAGGGCCAGAACCAGAGUUAGAGCCAGAGCCAGGGCCAGAGCCAGAGCCAGGGCCAGGGCCAGGGCCAGAGCCAGAGCCAGAGCCAGAGCCAGGGCCAGGGCCAGAGCCAGAGCCAGGGCCAGGGCCAGGGCCAGGGCCACGGCCAGAGCCAGAGCCAGAGCCAGGGGCCAGGGCCAGGGCCAGAGCCAGAGCAAGGGUCAGGGCCAGAGCCAUGCCAGAGCCAGAGCCAGAGCCAGAGCCAGGGCCAGAGCCAGAGCAAGGGUCAGGGCCAGAGCCAGAGCCAGGGCCAGGGCCAGAGUUAGAGCCAGAGCCAGAGCCAGGGCCAGGGCCAGGGCCAGAGUUAAAGCCAGAGCCAGGGCCAGAGCCAAGGCCAGAGCCAGAGCCAGAACCAGAGCCGGGGUCAGGGCCAGAGCGGCCAGAGCCAGAGUCAGGGCCAGGGCCAGAGCCAGAGCCAGGGCCAGGGCCAGAGUUAGAGCCAGAGCCAGAGCCAGGGUCAGGGCAAGGGCCAGGGCCACGGCCAGAGCCAGAGCUAGAGCCAGGGUCAGGGCCAGGGCCAGGGCCAGAGCCAGAGUUAGAGCCAGAGCCAAGGCCAGAGCCAGAGCCAGAGGCAGAGCCAGAGCCAGAGCCGGGGCCAGGCCCAGGGCCAGAGCCAGGGCCAGGGCCAGAGUUAGAGCCAGAGCCAGAGCCAGAGCCAGGGCCAGAGCCAGAGCCAGGGCCAGGGCCAGGGCCAGGGCCACGGCCACGGCCAGAGCCAGAGCCAGGGUCAGGGCCAGAGCCAGAGCCAGAGCCAGAGCCAGAGCCAGGGCCAGAGCCAGAGCAAGGGUCAGGGCCAGAGCCAGAGCCAGGGCCAGGGCCAGAGUUAGAGCCAGAGACACCAGAGCCAGGACCAGAGCCAGAGCCAGAGCCAGAGCCAGGACCAGAGCCAGAGCCAGAGCCAGGGCCAGGGCCAGGGCCAGGGCAAGAGCCAGAGCCAGAGCCAGGGCCAGGGCCAGAGCCAGAGCCAAGGUCAGGGCCAGGGCCAGGGCCAGAGCCAGAGCCAGAGCCAGGGCCAGGGCCAGAGCCAGAGCCAAGGUCAGGGCCAGGGCCAGAGCCAGAGCCAGAGCCAGGGCCAGGGCCAGGGCCAGAGCCAGAGCCAGAGCCAGGGUCAGGGCCAGAGCCAGGGCCAGAGCCAGAGCCAGGGCCAGGGCCAGGGCCAGAGCCAGAGCCAGAGCCAGGGCCAGGGCCAGAGCCAGAGCCAGGGCCAGAGCUAGAGACAGAGCCAGAGCCAGGGCCAGAGCCAGAGUUAGAGCCAGAGCCAGGCCAGGUUAGAGCCAGAGCCAGGCCAGGGCCAGAGCCAGAGCCAGGGUCAGGGCCAGGGCCAGAGCCAGGGCCAGAGCCAGAGCCAGGGCCAGAGCCAGAGCCAGGGUCAGGGCCAGGGCCAGAGCCAGGGCCAGAGCCAGGGCCAGAGCCAGAACCAGAGCCAGAGCCAGAGCCAGAGCCAGAGCCAGGGUUAGGGCCAGAGCCAGAGCCAGGGCCAGGGCCAGGGCCAGAGCCAGAGCCAGGGUCAGGGCCAGAGCCAGAGCCAGGGCCAGAGCCAGGGCCAGAGUUAAAGCCAGAGCCAGAGCCAGGACCAGAGCCAGAGCCAGAGCCAGAGCCAGGACCAGAGCCAGAGCCAGAGCCAGGGCCAGGGCCAGGGCCAGGGCAAGAGCCAGAGCCAGAGCCAGGGCCAGGGCCAGAGCCAGAGCCAAGGUCAGGGCCAGGGCCAGGGCCAGAGCCAGAGCCAGAGCCAGGGCCAGGGCCAGAGCCAGAGCCAAGGUCAGGGCCAGGGCCAGAGCCAGAGCCAGAGCCAGGGCCAGGGCCAGGGCCAGAGUUAAAGCCAGAGCCAGGGCCAGAGCCAAGGCCAGAGCCAGAGCCAGGGCCAGGGCCAGAGCCAGAGCUUGAGCCAGGGCCAGGGCCAGAGCCAGAGUUAGAGCCCGAGCCAGGGCCAGAGCCAGAGCCAGGCCCAGAGCCAGAACCAGAGCCAGAGCCAGAGCCAGAGCCAGAGCCAGGGUUAGGGCCAGAGCCAGAGCCAGGGCCAGGGCCAGGGCCAGAGCCAGAGCCAGGGUCAGGGCCAGAGCCAGAGCCAGGGCCAGAGCCAGGGCCAGAGUUAAAGCCAGAGCCAGAGCCAGGACCAGAGCCAGAGCCAGAGCCAGAGCCAGGACCAGAGCCAGAGCCAGAGCCAGGGCCAGGGCCAGGGCCAGGGCAAGAGCCAGAGCCAGAGCCAGGGCCAGGGCCAGAGCCAGAGCCAAGGUCACGGCCAGGGCCAGGGCCAGAGCCAGAGCCAGAGCCAGGGCCAGGGCCAGAGCCAGAGCCAAGGUCAGGGCCAGGGCCAGAGCCAGAGCCAGAGCCAGGGCCAGGGCCAGGGCCAGAGUUAAAGCCAGAGCCAGGGCCAGAGCCAAGGCCAAAGCCAGAGCCAGGGCCAGGGCCAGAGCCAGAGUUAGAGCCCGAGCCAGGGCCAGAGCCAGAGCCAGGGUCAGGGCCAGAGCCAGGGCCAGAGCCAGAGCCAGGGCCAGGGCCAGGGCCAGAGCCAGAGCCAGAGCCAGGGCCAGGGCCAGGGCCAGAGCCAGAGCCAGGACCAGGGCCAGAGCCAGCCGCGGUGGACCGAGGGCCUCGGCCCCGCAGCGUAGACGGUCAUUACAGCCGUAAGCGCAGGGGCGCGGAGCGCGGAGCGGGAGCCGUCUGGGGCCCCCGGGCCUCAGGGCCGCCUUGGCCCAUGGCGGCAGGCACGAGGACGGUCUCUCCACAGGACGGAGCACUCGGGCACGUGCUCUCCCGAGGCCACCUCCGGGACCGCGUGCGUUGUCAACGGCGCCUGGGGACACACUGA